UCCGCCACAGUUUAAACUGGCAGUUGUUGCUAUGAUCCACUGAUCAUCCAGGGCUGUCACACAAAAAGUUAGAUUAUGUUACAGACGACAAAUGUUUACAAGGAUCGAAUAUUGCUCAAACAGGUCUAUCGUUCCUGAUAGUACCCGAUCACUAACGUAGUUAGCUAUUUCUACUCAUCAACUGUCCCUGUAAUGUCUCUGCCUCCAGAGAAAGCUUCCGAGCUGAAGCAAAUCAUUCACAACCAUCUGCUCAAGAUGGACAUCCAUGGGAAGAUCCGAGAGGUGCUGGCUGAGACUGUGAGGGAUGACCUAGGCCCGGCACAUCGUUCUCUGUCUGAGGCGGAUUUCCUGCAUGCUUUGCAGCGCAGGGGCAUCGUCGAUGAUGUGAUGAAGGACCUACACUUUACUCAGGAAGUACCCACAACUGCAGAAACAGGAUCCCCUCCAAAGCCUGCUACUCACUUUGUUGACAGGAAUAUUACUCAGCUGAAAAAAACCAAUAUUGACCCGUCCAGGCGGUACCUGUAUCUCCAAGUGCUCGGCGGUAAAGCCUUUCUGGAGCACCUCCACGAGCCGGAGCCUUUACCCGGUCAGGUGUGUUCUACAUUUACGCUCUACGUGCACUUCCGCAACCAGAGGUUUCGCUCAAAGCCAGUGCCCUGUGCCUGCGAACCUGACCUGAAGGAGGGUUUCCUCUUAGAGAUCCACAGAGAUGGCACAGGAGAAGGCAGCAAAAUGGCGGACGCGACCACCAUGCUGUCUUUGUGUGACCCGGUUCACUUGGUGCUGAUCAAGACGGACACCUCCAGCGAGACGACGCUGGUCUCGUCCUACUUCCUGGACUGGAGGACAGUCCUCGGCUCGCCUAGUGGGAAGACCUGCUUUGCUGUGGAGCUGAUGGGAGUUGGAAGUGAAUGUAAAGUUGCAGCUGGUGUUUUGACUGUCAAUCUGGAGCUCUAUCCUCCUCUCACAGAGACUCUGAGCGCUGACAUCAUCAGCACACAGCAAUCACUGGAGAGGCAGAGGACGGCGGAGAAGGAGAGGCUCUUCUUGGUUUAUGCCAAACAGUGGUGGAGGGAGUUCCUCGAGAUACGUCAAUCACACCAAUCCAAAAUGGUCAAGAUCUUUGCACAGGAUGAGAACGGCGUCAACAGGCCAACGUGUUCGUACGUGCGUAUCCUGCGGGCGGGCAGGCUUCUGGAGAGCCCUCGACAGGCGGCCCGCUUCGUCAGCCUGCUGGCCCUCGAGAAGGCCCCGGUGGUGGGGGGAGGAGGAGGCAAGCAGGAGCAGUGGUGCACACUGAUGGCUUUCCUGUGUAGAGGGAAGGGGGACUGUGAGGACCAUGCCACCCUGCUGUGCAGCCUGCUGCUGGGCUUCGGCCUGGAUGCGUACGUGUGUGUGGGCACCAAAGCCAAGGGAACGCCACACACCUGGGUCCUGACCCGCGGUACUGAUGGGAGCAUCACCUUCUGGGAGAGUCUGACGGCACACAGAUACCUACAUCAGGCCAUAGACCCAGAUGCCCCACCUCUGGCCCCCCAGCCCAAACCCUCCUCCGCCUACCGCACCGUGGGCUGCGUCUUCAACCACCACACCUUCCUGGCCAACUGCCAGCCCUCCGAUGCUGUGGUGCUUUGUGUCUUUGACUUCCAGAAUCAGUCUCGGUGGAAGGCGAUGAGCGAAGAAGCUCUGAAGUCUGUUUGCGCCCCGGGCUCCACCACCUCUCUGCCCCCUCUGCCUCCACUCUGUGCCCCAUCUCUGGAUGCCGCUGCUGCCAGCAACCAGCUGGAGCUGGAGAUGCGCUACCUGGUUUCUGAGCACAGGAAGGACCUGGAGCUGGCGACAGUGUGGGACGACCACCUGUCCUACCUGCUGUCCUCGGCACUAUCGGCCUACGAGCUAGAGCGCUGCACCGGCGUCUCCUGCGGCAACGAGGAGUUCCAGGACGCGGUGAGGAGGGCGGUGCCAGACGGACACACCUUCAAAGGCUUCCCCAUCCACUUCUUGCACCGCAACGCUCGUAGAGCCUUUGCCACCUGCCUCAGGUCUCCGUUCUGUGAGGAGAUCGUGUGUUGUCGUGGCGACCAUGUGAGGCUCGCGGUCCGUGUUCGUGUGUUUGCCUAUCCUGAGAAUGCAUGUGCAGUGUGGCUCAUGUUUGCAUGUAAAUACCGCUCUAUACUCUGACCAUCGGACGGAUGGUACCCAAAAACUACCGGCUGAUGUUGCACACUGAUAGCGGACAACGGAGGACACCACAGGCCUGCUUCUUAGAGAUUUGUGGAUGUACAUAAGAAUACCUGGACCCAUGAUGAGACUAGAUUUAAAUGAAGUUGUACUCAGUGACAUGUGCACAGACAUGUUUGUGGCUCCACUGUGAUGCUCAGGCCUUUAUAGACUCUUCAUUUGUACAGUUAUUUACACUCAGAAUUGUAUUUAAAUAUCUAUUUUUGUAAAUAAAUGGAACUUUUUUUAAUCUUA